AUGGCGGGCUACGGACGACCGUACGGACGAGCUCCAGUCGAGGAGGAAGAAGAGGCUCUGCUGGGCAUUCGCAGCAAUGAGGAACAUCCAAGUCCCAAGUCCUCCUACAAGCGGUUAUGGACAAUGCUCGGCAUGGUAGUCCUGAUGGGCGGCAUUGUGUUCGCGGUCGGGCAUCUGGUGUUUGGGUAUGGAACCUUUCGUUCUGUGUCUCCUGUCGAGGGAUCUCAUCCUGAUCGGAAUCUGCGUGUUUCUAGCGCUCGAGAUGUCGCCCGUCGUCCGCAAGCGUGCAACAGCAUCAGCAGUGGAUACCAGUGUUUCUCCGAUAUUUCCCACCGUUGGGGCUUCUACUCGCCUUAUUUUUCAGUCGAGGAUGGUAUGUCCGGGGAUGUGCCAAAGGGCUGCGAGGUUACUUUCGUCCAGGUUUUGUCUCGCCAUGGUGCGCGGUACCCCACUGCAUCGAAGAGCAAGAAGUAUGCCGAGCUGGUGGCGGAUAUCCAAGCCAAUGCGACAGACUUCAAGGGUAGCGCGGCCUUUCUGAAAGACUACAAAUACACCCUGGGCAGUAAUGACCUGACCACUUUUGGCGAGCGUCAGAUGAUUGAUUCGGGCGUCAAGUUCUACGAGCGCUACGAAGCCCUGACUCGGAACAACAUCCCAUUCAUCCGAUCUUCGGGGUCCCCGCGCGUGGUCGAAUCAGGCAAGAAGUUCAUCCAAGGCUUCCAACAGACCAAAAAUACCGACCGACACGCAGAUCGGGAUCAAAACAGCCCAAAGAUCAACGUGAUCAUCUCCGAAUCCAAAGGCUCCAACAACAGCCUGAACCACAAUACCUGCGCAACCUUCGAGUCCAGCUCGAUCGGCGAUGACGUGGUAAACAACUACGCCGCCCGAAUCGCGCCUCCAAUUGCCCAUCGUCUUGAAGCAAACCUCCCAGGCGUGGUACUCUCCAAUGACGACGUUACAUAUCUUAUGGACAUGUGCGCCUUCGAUACUAUCUCGGCAACAAAAGACGGAAGUGAAUUAUCUCCUUUCUGCGAUCUCUUCACUCUGCGCGAAUGGGCACAUUACAACUACCUCCAAUCGCUCGACAAGUACUACGGUUAUGGUGCGGGUAACCCCCUCGGGCCCACCCAGGGUGUAGGCUUCGUCAAUGAGCUCAUCGCAAGAAUGACACAUACCCCGGUCCACGACGACACAUCCACAAACCACACUCUCGACUCCAGCACAACGACGUUCCCACUGAACCGAACCCUCUAUGCGGACUUCACCCACGACAACGGUCUAAUCCCUAUUUACUUUGCCAUGGGCCUGUACAACGGCACCGCCCCCCUGCCUACCCGCCAUAUCCAGUCCGCAUCGGGCGCAGAUGGGUAUUCCGCCGCAUGGACCGUACCCUUUGCGGCGCGCGCGUACGUGGAGAUGAUGCAGUGUGCCAAGGACCCGAAUCCCGAGCCUCUUGUUCGGGUCCUGGUCAACGACCGUGUCGUCCCGCUGCAUGGUUGUGAAGUUGAUAACUAUGGCAGAUGCCGCCGAAAUGAUUUCAUCAAUGGGCUGAGCUUUGCAGAAGAGGGAGGGGACUGGGCCAGCUGCUAUGACUAG